AUGGGAGGGGUAUACUUGAGAUUCAAAGCGCCGGAGAAAAUGGACAAGAUGCUGAAGACGCGUAAGUCUUGUAUAUCCUAUUUGCAGAUUUAGAGUAAAAUCUGCCCCAUUUCGAUGGUGCUGAUUUCGAUAAUCAUGUAAACUUUUGUGAAAACAGCAGUACUAGGCACCAGAAGAACGCCACUAACGCAUAAAGUCCAAAUUUUCAGCUCGUACUGUAUAGUAUCAGGUAGUGGUACUAAAUAGGGCCAAGUCUUUAAAACGUGUUUUUGAAGAGUACUAAGCAUCAAAACAACACCAUCAACGUCGAAAGCCAUAUUUUCGCCUCGUACUACAUAGUAUAAGGGAAAAAUUAACAUGAUUUUCAAAAUCAGCACCAUCAAAAACCCCUAAACCGAGUAUUUAUAAGAAAAAUUUAAAAAUGACUAUUUUACAGUACUACUUAAGGGAAAAAGUAACAAUCAAAAAAAUGAAAGACAUUUUCGAAAUCAGCACCAUCGAUUAUCUUAUGUAAUUUUAACAUUUGCAUCAAAGAACAAUAAUACUUUUCGAUUUCACCAAUCGUCCAACUCCGUUUCCGUCGGCCUAAAUUUUAGCGAAGAGAAUCUUUCUAACCAGUGCAAGGAUUACCUCGAUUUUCAUACUAUUGUUUUAGUGCCGUCCGAAGUGCUUCGAGAGAUCCGUAGAUACGAAAUUGGCGACAUCACCUUUCCGCAACUAAUAGCCAAUUUCGGCGGGACCUUGCCGGGCAUGAAGCCGGGUGGAAAGACAGCUGAUAUUCUCGGUGAUAAAGUAUGUCAUUAUAUCAUUUUCUGUAUGUCAUUCUACGUUGCAUUAUCAGCAAUAUAAGACAAGUGAUUGCAGGAUGAAAACAUUAUAACGGCGAUUGAGAAGUUGCGGGAUCAUGGUGGUUUGACAAUCGGGCUAUUAAGCAAUGUGGGCUUCAGUGACGAGAACUUCUCCGAAACGGACGUUAGUAGGGUUGACAAAGGCCACUUUGACGUCAUUGUGGAAUCAUGCAGGGUCAACUUGAGGAAGCCAGACCCUAGAAUUUUUGUGGUAAGCGCAUUUUGGCAUGAUGGUACAGUGGGGGGACCUGGUCCAAUUGCAAAAAAAGUGCCAUUUUGCAUCCAGGAAGUGCCAAAAAAUGUGGCCAAAUACCUCCCUCUUCAAGUGAAAAAAACUCGGAUUUCAAAAGCGCGCCCGUUCUUUUUGUGAGGAAAAAGAAGUUUUUUUCACUUGAAGAGGGAAGCAUUUUGCCACAUUUUGAUACUUCCCGGAAACAAAAUGGUACGUUUUUUGCCACUGGAUCAGGUCCCCCACUGUAUUAUCUUUUUUUCCGUUUUUUAAAACCUAUUCGUCCCUUUAGCUGACGGCAGAAAAAGUCGGCGUCACACCUGAAGAGUGUGUAUUUCUUGACGACCUUUGGGCAAAUUGUAAAUCAGCAGAAGCCUGCGGGAUGACUGCAAUCGAGGUGGUCCGUGGAGACAGCAAAAGCGCAGUGAAGAAGCUGGAAAGGCUUUUGGGAAAAGAGUUAUUAUAA